AUGGCGGCUGCUCAGGGACCGGCUGCAGUAUCUAAUCUGGGUGACUGCAAUGUAGCCUAUCAAGCUAUCGCAGAUGUUCUUACUCACCGUCCCCUGGCGGAACCAGGUGAAGACCAAGCACAACUGCUGGAGAUUGAGAUUCUUGGCCGAAGCCACCCAGUUCCUCCAGGCUUGCACAUACUCCAGGAUGAAAAUGCUGUGGCUGUACCCAAAACCUCGCUCGUUGCGGCUUUUAUAGAAGCCCGGAGGAGAUUUUUGCAGGUGGCGCAGGACAUUUCUCAACAUGAGUCCCAAGUCCUCGAGGCCACGGCCGUGAUGCUUCUGUUCGACCCGGAGCAUCUGACGGCCGCAAACACGCGCAAGAGGAUUUUCCUGCUGCAGGCUCGGCGAGGCGGCACCGCUGAUUGUUUUGCUCCACUGUUAUCCCGGGAGAUGUGGCUCGUCGACUCGCUUCUGACGAGCCGUCUGAACCGGCAUACGAAAUCUCCCACGCUGUGGGGUCACCGAAGAUGGUUGAUCUGGAUGUGCAUUACUACAUGGGGCCUGCCGGUUGAUGUCUACGACAGUUUUGUCAAAGUGGUGAUGGUCUCGGCGGAGAGGCACCCCAGGAAUUAUUAUGCCUGGAGCCAUGCACGAUAUUUGAUGACGCUGCAUACCAGUCAGUCUAAAGACAAAAAGUGCACAGAUCAUGGUCGGGAAAUCCGCAGGAUCACAGAGGCUGUGAAGAAAUGGGUAUUCCGGCAUCACAAUGAUACAUCAGGGUGGUCAUUCCUAGAGCAUCUCAGUGGCUAUAUGCCAGAGGAGGAGUGGACGGUCAUCGUCAAGGAGACCGCAGAGUUGGCCAUGUCGUUGCGGUGGACAGGAGAGUCUGUUUGGGUAUUCCUACGUUCAGCUGUUGCCUCUGGAAGAUCGGGGUCGGCUGGCAAGGAGAGCUUUGCAGCGGCAGUGGAAGCUUUGCAUUGCACACUAGCACAGGAGCCCAAGAGACUUGAGACUGUAUGCAAGGCUGAAGACUGGGUUCAGACCCACGAGGUUGUGGCUCUGGAUGCAUAUAGAUAA